ACCAGUCGCUUUUGUUGGUAUUUCCUUUGAAAAACUUUUAUAAUGAUUCGUGUUUCCUUAAAGAAUGAAAGUUGCUUCCAUUCUAAUUCUUUCCUUUAUGAGUGUGGUUUUUGUUUGAGAAGAUUGAAAGUCGGAGAACUAGGUUUAGUAUAAAAGCGGGUUUGUGUAUUGACCAAGGCGGUGGAGGUUGUUGAAAAUAUGGAGUCCAGUGGUGCUAGUAAGCAUCAAGAACAGUUUUUAGUUCAAACUGAUGGGCAAAAUCAACAUGGGUUGUGUGCGAAAGUGAUGACUGAUGAACAAAUGGAGCUUUUGAGAAAGCAGAUAUCUGUGUAUGCAACAAUUUGUGAACAUCUUGUGGAGAUGCAUAAAACCUAUUGUGCUCAACAGGAUAUUGUUGGAAUGAGGGUUGGUAAUAUAUACUCUGAUCCACUAAUGGGCACUGGGCUGAAGAUCCCUGCCAGGCAACGCUGGACCCCAAAGCCAAUGCAACUUCAAUUUCUUGAGAGUGUGUAUGAUCUAUGCGAUGGAACUCCUAGCAAGGAAAAGAUCAAAGAGAUAACUGCUGAACUGUCACAACAUGGCCAAAUCACCGAAACAAAUGUCUAUAAUUGGUUCCAGAAUAGGAGAGCACGUUCGAAAAGAAAGCAACCAAUAUCAGCUCCAAACCAUGGAGAUUCAAAAGUGGAGAAAGAGGCGGAUGAGUUCACUAAAGAGAAGACAACAAAACCAGAAGACACUCAGUACCAUGAGAACUCUCCUCCGAUAGCAGAACAUAUGUUCUUCCAAAGUCCUGAGAUAGGUACUGGGAUGAAUAUCUUGGACUCACGACCUUGGGGAAAGUUAUGUCCUCAUUGAACUUCACAUCAAUAAUUAGAAUUGACCAGUUGAUGGGUGGUAAAGUUGAAGUUCCAGGGAGCGUUCGUCCCUUUGGUCUGGUAGAACAACAAAACAUGGGUGGAUGACAGCCUCUUCGGAUGGCUGCUUGCUGUGAUUGCAUAGAAGUUGAUGGAACUUGAAGAUUAGAGGCUUCCUAUCGCAUGAGAUAUAGGAAUUUUAGGAGAAAAAAUAACAAAAUAGACAAUUACAGAACCAUGUUUUGACUCUUUGAUUACUGCUUAGAAUAUGCUCUAAUGGAAACACCUCCGGUAUCAUGGUAGUAAGUAUUGACUGUGUGUCCUUUGGUAUGCAGUUGAUUUCUUUUUCUUUCCAUGGCGGCGGCCAACUAUAUCAGAAUUGCUAUUUAGUCUUGAUGUUUGUAUGGAUUUGAAGUAAUGGAAGCUUGAUGUUGUAAACAUAGAUACAUAACUUUAUUGUA